CAAACAUACAAAUCACAAUUGACGUUUUAUUGCAACUGCAUCCGAAAUCGAAAUAAGUAACGCGGUAUUUUUUGGAUAACAAAUAACAUAGGCUUCAAUUUUUGUUUAUAAAUUUACUUGGACUUUUGCCUUAACUUAAUUCUGUAAAUACAUGUUUAUUAACAAAAAUGCCAGAAUAUAUGAUAAACAAUAUCCCUGUAAAGUUUCCUUUCGAACCUUAUGAUGUCCAAAAGGCUUUCAUGGAAAAAGUCAUUGAAUCACUUAAGACGAGCACCAAUGCAGUUUUGGAAUCCCCCACUGGAACUGGUAAAACUCUCAGCUUGUUGUGUUCCUCACUUGCAUGGGUCUUAUUUAAGAAGGAAGAGAUGCAAACUCAAAUGCAAACUCAAAAAAUGCACCAGCAAACUGACUUCCAAUCGACAUCUGAUACGACCGUUGAAGCGAUCCUUGCCAAAAUAAACGACCCUAAAGGCCAAAAACGGGGUGGCUGGGGCGUGCCCAAGAUUAUUUACGCUUCUCGUACACAUUCGCAGUUAACGCAAGCAAUGAAGGAACUGAAGCAAACGUCUUACUCCUUCAUGCGAGCUGUAGUUCUCGGCUCUCGAGACCAGCUUUGUAUUCAUCCAGAAGUAAUGCGAGAGCAAGGAAAUUCCAACAAAGUACAAAUGUGUAAGGUGCGAGUUCAGACAAGAUCGUGCAGCUUCUUUUCAAAAGUAGAAUCGAAAAAAGACAGCCCAGAGUUCAGAAUGCAGCCUGUUAUGGAUGUUGAAGAUCUUAUGGCGAUUGGUAAAAAGCUAAAAAUGUGUCCGUAUUAUUCGUCAAAAGAGCUUGUCGAUGACGCAGAUAUAACAUUUAUGCCCUAUAAUUAUUUGCUCGAUCCAAAAGCUCGAAAGGCCAACAAAGUGAACUUAGAUAAUACUAUUGUGAUUCUUGACGAAGCGCACAACGUAGAAAAUCUGUGUGAGGAAUCUGCGUCGGUUAUGAUUAAAUCCUCCGACAUUGCCUUGGCCAUUGAUGAUGUGACGCACAUAAUGAAGGCGAUGAGCGAAGACCUACUAGGUGAAGGGUCGGACGAGCCAAAAGACUUCACAUUGGAUGAUCUGGCAUUACUGAAAGAAAUGCUACUUUCUCUUGAAAAGGAAGUCGAUGAAAUUGAAGUGCCAAACAAAAGUGACGGGGCAACUUUUCCCCCUUCUUUCAUGUUCGAAAUUCUAGAAAAGGGCAACAUUACAACUGGAAGUGCGAAUAUGGUGGUUUCGCUGUUGGAAAAGCUAUUGCAAUUUCUUGCUAUGGCUUCUCAAAAUACAAUGUUUCGGAAGGGGGCUGGAUUUGAAGUUCUGAAGGAUUUAAUAACUGUAGUGUACUUUAAUAAAGAUGAGAAUCAGGGAAAAAUUCACAAAAGCUUUAAAGUUCAUGUCCAAAUUGAAGAAGUCAAACAACAGAAAUAUGGUCCUGGUAAAGGUGGUAAAGGCGAUGGAUGGUUAACUACUAAGGGGCCUGCAAGUACUAAGAACGCUAAAAUAAUCAACUAUUGGUGCUUUAAUCCUGGAUUUGGAAUGGAACAGCUAUUAAAUAAAAACGUCCGGAGUAUUAUUCUAACAAGCGGAACACUAGCUCCACUAAAACCAUUGAUAGCCGAAUUAGCCAUUCCGAUUGCACAGAGCCUUGAAAAUCCACACAUCGUGGGAAAAUCACAAGUAUGUGUAAAAAUAGUCUCCUAUGGGCCAGAUAAGGAACUUUUAAUAUCAAAUUAUCAAAAUCGAGACAAUCCAAAAUAUGUUAACUCACUCGGACGUACCAUUCUCUCUUUUUGUCCCAUAAUUCCUGAUGGCCUUUUAGUGUUCUUUCCAUCAUAUCCACUUAUGAACAAAUGUGUUGAUAGUUGGCAAGCAAGUGGUAUUUGGUCACAAAUCGCUCGUCAUAAACCGAUUUUUGUUGAACCGCGCAGUAAAGAUGCAUUUAACCAAACAAUGAUAGAAUUCUAUGAAAAUAUUCAAAACCCUGCAACUAAAGGGGCAAUAUUUAUGGCUGUAUGUCGUGGCAAAGUCUCCGAAGGCCUGGACUUUGCGGAUGCUAAUGGUCGCGCGGUUAUAAUAACAGGUUUACCAUUUCCUCCUCUCAAAGAUCCUCGUGUUGUUCUUAAAAAAAAAUAUUUGGAUGAAAAUCGAACAAAGGAGAAUGAGCUUCUAACUGGAAAUUCAUGGUAUUCCUUAGAAGCAACUCGAGCUGUUAAUCAAGCCAUUGGACGUGUCAUCCGACAUCGAAAUGAUUACGGUGCAAUUUUACUCUGUGAUUCACGUUUUAAUCAGCCUGGCCAGAUAAACCAGCUGUCAACCUGGAUCCGGGAACAUUUGAAGGGCUCACCGCAACACCAAAAUUUCGGCCCUGUCAUAGGUGAGCUAUCAAGAUUCUUUCGAAAUGCCGAAAAGACACUUCCGAAGGCAUGCAUAAGAUCUGUUGAAACGAUAGUUAGUGAAACUUUGGAUACUGGAGUUCUUAAAAUGAAACAAUUUGCAGAUCCAGCUUUGGUUCUGGAAGCCAAAAAUAAAUUCAAAAGUGCUCACUUUGAAGCAAUUAAGAUAGAAAAUACAAACAAAAUCACAGGUUGGAGUCCCGACGACUAUUCGAAUGCUGUUGGAAAGUCUAGAUCAUCAGCUGCUCCGUCUGCAAGUGAUUUUAUAAGUCGAUUAGACUCUGAUAUAUCUACUAUCGACUUUAAUGCAACAAUUUCACGUUCGGACAAUUCAAAUUUAGUAACUAUUCAUAAACGUGAGCGAACAUCUCCAAAUCAAGCGCAAACGAGUAACGAUCCAAAGAAAAAACGACUUAAAAUGGUUCCAAACAAUCCGUUGUCGAGCACUUCCAGUGCAAGUUUUUCCUUUAACAACCAAACUUCGAUAAUGAAACCUGCAGAGAAGAGCCAAGAGCUUCCAACGCAACAUGUUGAUCUCUUGCGAUUGAUUAAAGGCUCCCUUAGUUCGGAAAACUAUUCAAAAUUUGUAAAGGCUUUGAUGUCGUAUAAAAAAGACAGUAGCAUAACGGAUCUACUAUUUGUUUUAACGGAUGUUUUUGGACAUCCUACAAUGCAUUAUUUAUUGAAAGGCAUGCGCAGAUUUGUUAAGGAACAAGAUAAAACCAAGUUUGAUAGUACUAUUGAAGGGAUAGUUGAAUAAGUUUUAAAAAUAUUCAAGAAAAACUUUCGUUUACAUAAAAAUGAGUUUGCUUUUGUUUUGGAGCAAAUUAAACACAAAUCCAAAAAUUAGAAAAAUUAGGAGAAAAAUUUGUUUGUAUCUGUCAACUUGAAAGUUCUUAAUCGCAAAAGCAUCGCAUUUAAAUGGCAUGCAUUGAAUUCCAUAUGUCGGAGAGAAUUUCCGAUUCGUAGAAAAUCGAAGAAAAUUCCGCUCCUGUUACUGUUACCUUGU